UCCCCAGAAGGCCACAGACCCAGGGGCAGGUACUGAGAGAGUUGAGGGGCUAAGCCAAUGCUGGAAGAUUAACUCUUGGUAACAACAAACCUGAAAUCAUCACCUCUCCAUCUCCCUGGGACAUUUGGCUGAUACAGGCUUCCCUGAGGAUGCUUCAGGGAAGAUUGCAAUGGUCAGAGGAUCACAUCCUCACAGGCAACCCACAGCAGUGCUGCACCCCAAUGUUGCAGUAACACUAACACUCUCUCACUUAGCAAAAAUCUUUUCAGCAUUAAAAAUAAUCUCCAGCUCUCUGCUCUCCCAUGGAGGCUAGAGCUCCCACACUUGUGCUAGUGGAGGCUGACACCUUACACCACAGUUUGCCCAUUGAAUAGCAUCAUGACCAUCAUCCACCCCUCCACCUGCCCUUCCCUGGGGCUGAUGGGGACUCUAAAGCCCUUCUCCCCCGCUCAGCGCUCUGCAGCCCCCGCAGCUCACAGCCCUGCUGCCAAACCCAACUCUCACCCCUGCUGACACCUCCAUCCUGUUUGUGGUGUCCUUGGCACUUCCUCCUCCAGCACUUCCAGUCCCCUGCAGCUCCCAGCCCAGCCAGCUCCAGCACAGCCCACAACUGAGCCAACAUUAACAAGCAGAGACUCCAGCCCAGCCAAGGCCACCACCAAAGGCAGGAGCCUGUCCAUGGGUAGAUCACUGCAGCUCUUUGCCAGGACAUCCAAAAGGAAGAAGAAACUACUGGAGAGAGUCCAACAGAGGACAACAAAGAUGCUGAGGGGACUGGAGCAUUCCUGAUGAGGAGGGAAAGACUGAGAGACCUGGGGCUGUUUAGCUUGGAGAAGAGCAGCCUGAGAAGGGAUCUUCUCAGUGCUGAUCAAUAGCUAAAGGGUGGUGGUCAUGGGGAUGAGCUCUUUUCAGAAGUGGCCAGUGAUAGCACAAGGGGCAAUGGGCAAUAGGUAUAAAUUGGAAACCAGGAGAUUUCAUUUGAACUUCAGGAAAAAUUUCUUUACUCUGAGGGUGCUAGAGACCUGGAGCAGACUGCCCAGAGGGAUUGUGGAAUCUCCCUUCUCUGGAGAGACAGCCUGGCCCAGCAGUGCCCAUGGCACUAGGAUGUCCUCCAAGUCCACAAAGACCCCACACAAGGCAGACCCACAAGUUCACACACCAAACCUCCAUCCCAGGAGAUGCAGAGUGCUCAGCACAGGGCUUCAUUACCCUGAAACCAGCAACAAGCUGGCAGGCCUAGCAUGUAUUCAUAGCGGUACCAGAGGACCGCUUUCACCAAGUAAGCCCUGGCAGUUUCUUCACUUCUUUGUUUCUCAGAGACCCAAACCCAAGUGUCAGAAAUUAAUAAAAGGAAAGGUUAAAGUUUUGCUUCCUUUGUGUUUUACACAGCUGCAACAUGAUCAUCCUCUGAGAUCACCUUUCUUCCCUGCAGACAGGUGAGGUAGAAGCUGUUGUCUUAGGGUACUGAACAGUAACUGGAUCCCACAGACCCAGAUACAGACACUGCCCUGUGAGCUUCUGCUAGGGAGAAACUGCCUCUGGUGUGUACACAGACCCUGCUGCAGGGAGAACCACCACCAUGCAGCUGACACUCUGCAGGCUGCGGACUCACCAGUGGUGCUUCAUUCUCUUUAAUGUUUUGCUUUUCCAUCUGCUGCUUUUCGGAGCAGAUUUACUGGAGGAAUACUUCCUGCGGUCACUUCCUCUUUCUUACACCGAUGCAAAGACUCUGGAAAUUAGGGAGAGGGCCAGGAAGCUUCAUACAGAUGCUCUAAAGGCCAACCUCUCUCACACUGUCAGCAGUGCAGCAACAUGCUCUGAUCAGGAGAUAUUUUUGCUUGUUCUUGUCUGCAGUAGCCCAGAAAACAGGACAAGACGCAAUGUGAUCAGGCAGACAUGGGGCAACGUGACAGCCACCAGAGGUUAUGCUGUCCUUACUCUCUUUGCCUUAGGAAAGCCAGCUUCAGUAGCCACCCAGCUGGAGAUCAAUGAAGAGUCUCAAAAGCACAGAGACAUUAUUGAAGGCAGUUUCAUUGAUUCUCCUGAGACGCAGACACAGAAGAUGUUGAUGAGCGUGGAGUGGACAGUGACUUUCUGUCCCCAGGCAAAGUAUAUUCUGAAAACAGAUGAGGACGUGUUUGUCAGUAUUCCAAGCCUGGCUGGAUACUUGCUUAGCUUACAACAACUCGAGGACGUUUACAUUGGGAGGGUCAUUCAUCAAGGAAUGCCCAUCAGAGACCCCCAGAGCCUUGGCUUUGUUCCCAUCCACCAAUACUCAGAGGAGUUUUACCCAGAUUACUGCGACGGGAGCGCCUUCGUCAUGUCCCAGGACACCGCUUGCAAGGUGUACGUGGCUGCCAAGGAGGUGCCAGUUUCAGUGCCCCCUGAUAUUUUUGUUGGGAUCUGUGCUAAAAAAGCUGGCAUCACUCCCAUCCACAGCUCUCGUUUUUCUGGGGAGAAGCACAUCAGCUACAAUCGAUGCUGCUAUAAAUUCAUUUUCACCUCUUCCAACAUGAAAGAGGACGAGUUAUUUAAAGCCUGGAAGGAAACAAGCGAGGGGGAAGAUUGCUCAUUACUGGAGACCUACUAUGGGCUGGUGUCCUGCAAGGUUCUGACCUACAUUGAUAAGUUCAAACAGUUUAACUUGGAUAGAAUUAAAAGUGAGCUUCUUCAUUUCGUCGACUAAGAUCUAACUCCUGCGCAGGAAGCCUGCGCUUUCUCUUACCAGCUGCUUUAUCUUGUCAACAUUUAGCAGCAACCAUCUCUCAUAGCUCUCUUCCCUUCAACAGCAAAUGAAUUCUCAACACUACAGUGUUACAGCAGCCAGGGAACUGGAUGUACUCAUAAACACCCUCCAAGUGCAUGUAAACAAGUAAAAAAAAUUAAUGGGUGUUGUAAGAAACUUUGUCUGUUUGCAGGAUUUCUUCCCCAGCCUUCUGAAGCCUGCUACCUUAACCCUAAACUCCUGGUGGUUUUGUUUUAUCUGAGGCAUCACCUGCUCCCAAAGACUUUUGUAACCAAGGGGAAUCUUUUCAUCCACAAAGGGAGCAGUACCAGUGGAACCACAGAACAGCUUAGAGUGGGGGCAGACAUGGAACCAUCAUAGGGAUUGCUUAGGUAAAGCAGCCCAAGGAGGCUGCACAACCUACCUGUUGGAGAAUCUUCUAUUUCUGCCAGCCAUGGCAUCAGAGAACACUGCCCCAGAGCUCCACACAGAGCAUUGUGCUAGAGAACAUCAGCAGUGAGGUCAGAACAAGUUCACCAGCAUGCUGGAAACACCAACCUCAUCCAAAAGCAUUGAGAUUUCCCACAUUAGGAACCAGUUGGUGAACAUAAAAGCUACCUAUAGCUGUGUCCUCCAGGUGAAGUCCUCCACAUCACCACUUUCAGCAGCAGAAAGAUCAGCUCAACAGAAUUGGUCUAGUUGAGCUGGGCACACAUGGGAAGAGGCACACAUUUCCUUUUGAGGGUCCAUCUGCUCUUCCUGCUGUGACUGAAGGAAGUGGAGAGGUGCUCUGAAGGAUCCACAGCUCUUAACUACCAAGUUAUGCUGCUUGUUAAUCAGGGUCAAAUGAUCAGCUCUGGUUUUAGGGAUGGGUUUUGUUUGGUUUUAGCAUGUUACCUCAACUUGCAUUCUCCAUCAUUCCAUGUGUUUUUCCCUCAAUUACCUCCACUGUUUACUUUAUGGGAAGAGGGCAGGGACCACACACUUACAAGUUUUCCCACUACAUAGGAUACAUCAGCAACAAGUAAACCACAUGGCAACAUACAGCACAGGCAGGUGUCAUGGGCUGAGCUGAACCUGCUGCUGAUACUCAACCCCAUGCUGCCAUCAUGCCAGCUUCAAAAUGAAGCUGCUGGCUGCAGCAAAGUAUCAUGGGGCUUGAAGUUCAGAUUGCAAUACAAGAGGCUUCUCGUUCCAGAUGCUGCUUCCAGUUUGUAGUUUGGGGUGCUGGGUCUUUUCUGCCAGGCU